AUGACUCUCACCACGCUUCUCUGCCGAGUUGGCUGCAACCAUGGUGUGAAGAGGUGUCCAACUUGCAACAAAAGAGCUUGUCUCAAGGACAUCCGGAUAUUGUAUCUACCUAAGGUGGUUCCCCUGGACACUGUGGAAAAAGAUAGGUUGAUACAAGAAAAGGAACAAUUGCUUUCACAGAAGAAUGCAAUGGACAUGGAAUUAUCAAGAUGUAAACUUCUGAAUGAACUUAAUGCUAAAAAGUAUGAAGAGAAUUUGCAGAAGCUGGAAAAAGAAUUGAAGGAAGCAGAAGAAACAAUUCAGCUUCUUAGCCAAGGGAAGAAAGUAGUUUUAUCAGAAAUUGUUACCAAAAGGAAAGACAAAGUCGGGACAGAACUGAUGCACAUGAUUGAGGUCAGCAAGGAUGGGGGCUGCAGAGUGUUGGCCUUCAACCGUCUGCGUCAUGAACUGGUGGUGUCCCAGCCGUCGGGGAACACAAUAUUUGCUGGCUACGGUGUCCGAGUGCUAAACACUGUGGACUUCCAGCCCACCCGCUUUGUGUAUCUUCACCAGAAGAUGAUCAGAGACAUGGCAUUCCAUCACGAGGAUCGCAACCUACUGCUCAGUGCGUCUCUGGACAACUCAGCCAAGUUGGUGGACAUGAGCAACAACAGCACCGUGCACUCCUUCAAAACGGAGGGACCGCUGUGGUCAUGUUGCUGGGACCUCACCAACCCUCAUUUAUUACUAGUCGGCAGCCAGUUAGGAAGGGUGUACCAGUAUGACCGUCGCAUGGUUGACACAUACGUGCAGCUUUGGGAAGACAAAAGCAACACAACCCCUGUUGUUGCUUUGUCCUCGGUUCCCAGUGUUGCCAGUACUCCUUUCCCCCAGGGCGGCUUCAUAUCAUGCAGACUGAAUAGUGUGUUUUCCUAUGCCCGACAUGGAGACAAGUACAGCUGCCAGAAGCUGCCCAUGGAGGGUCCAUUCAUGUCAAUGAAGUAUGACUACACGUCGCAGAUGCUCCUGACCUCGUCUCGGCCCAGCAGUCGUUGCCCUUAUGCAAGGAUCAGCUUGAAUCAGGUGGACCAGGACUGUCAAGGACAGGUGUGCUUGCCACUAAUCCACACAUUUAACUGUGGCUCAUCCGCGCGUGUUCUGUCACGCAUGACAACCUUGCCAACACUAGGGGACUCUCUGGUUGUCGCUCACCACGAGAGUGGGCGGACUGUCAACAUGUGGAGCUCUAAGACAGGUGGACUUGUUCACAACUUCUCUAUCAAGGAUCCUGUUAUAGAUUUGACCAGUGUGGACAUUUCUAACAAGUGCCUUCUUGCUACUCUCUCUGAUAAGAGAGUAGGUGUGUACAAAUUUACAUCUUAGAUAGUUAAGUUAUUGUACAUAUUGAUUGCUGUUAAUAGUUUUUGUAUGUGCAAAACUUUACUGGUACAUACGUAAAGGUUUAAAAUUGUGUAACUUUUGUACUUGAAUAGCAAUACUAAUGUGUUGUUUAGUCUUUUAAAGUAAUUGUUAAAUUAUUAAGAAAAAUGUGAUAGUUAUUAUUCUAUUAUAAGUGUUAAAGCUUAAGAUAUCAAGUCAUAUUAUUUAAAUACUUUUGUACUAUGAAACAUUAUUUUAAAACAAAUUUUAAUUAUAUUUUCAUCAUGAUUCUAUUUUCAGUGUGUUAAAAAAGAAUAAUUUAUUACUACAGUUAGUAUGACGUUAACGCAAGCAAUUGUGGUGUUAAAAGUCACUUUCUUUGUAAUGUUAUAAUAAAGGUUGUUUACUGUUCAGACAAUACAAAUUUUUGUCACAGAGAAAAUCAAUAGUAAAUUAAACCUAUUUCCAUACUAUGUAUGUAAACAUGUGAAGCAAUUUAACAGUAUAUACUUAAGUAUGAACUGAUGACAGUCAUCAUAAGCCAUCUUGUUAGACCAUGUAAUAGUAGACCGUUGGGAUAAUCAAAGGGAUGGCAUCAUUGGUGUUCCAGGUUUAGUAUACAAGUAAAGGCCACAGUUUAAUUUACUAUACUCUAAAGUUAACAGAAAUAAAGAAAAUGAAGCCCUUUUUGGAAACUAAUGAGCUAAAGCUACCUGAUUGAAGCUUUAUUAGCUGUAACUAAUUGAUUAUUGAUAGAGAGUUAAAUCAGAUGAAAUUUAAUGUUAAGAAUUUAAAUGAGCCCUCCUAUUAGAUGUUCACUUGAAUCAAGUCUAAAUGAUUUGUUUGUUUUUAUCAUGCAUUAAAUCGUUGAUUCAAAUAUUAAGCCAAAUAAUAUGUUACUUGCUUGUUUCUAUUAAGCCAAACUAUAAAAACAGGUUUUUAUAAUUUAAAGAAACUCUGCUGUUCAAUUUUAACUGAUCAUAAAAUUUAAUGUGGAGUAGGUGCCAACUGUCAUGUCCAUUAUUUCAAUCUUGGUACAGGUACAGUAAAACACUGUUAUGUCCGGCACCUUCAAUAUCCAGUUUGAUAACAAACGAUAAAUGUCUUCUAAGUAGGCCAAAGAGGCAGGAGUGACAGGUGGGUAAGAGAGGGCAAUAAGCCAAAAAUCAUCUUAUUGCACUUAGUCCUUAAAAGGCCUUUACACUUCCUCUCGAGUGACAGGAUGGGUAAGAAUGGGCCACCUCCUGUCGAGAACCCAUGAGGAGGGAUAGCGGACACUAUAUCAGUCAUGUCACCUUAGUAGAAGUGGAGGCUAGCUCUUUGCAUCAACUUAUCAGGUGAUACAACUGGUUUUUAGUCAGAAUAUAUUUUUUUAUAAAAACAAAACUGGCCAUAGUCUUUUUUGAGAUACUAUUUUAAAUUUUUUUAAAUUUAAUGUCUAAUUAAAAACUAGAUUCAUUAUCCUGUAACACUGAGUGAACAUGUUAAAAAUAAUGCAUUAUAGUACGAGACAUAUCAGACACACAUAUCAAGCCUGGGCUAUGGCAAAUAAACUGUUGUUUAAGGCACUUAUACCUAAGAUGUAUUGUUUAAAUUUAGAAGAUUAGUGUUUUGUGAUAGCACUAGUAUUAUAAUUAUUAACUGAGAUCUCUUUACAUCAUUAAUAAAUAAUAAAUCCAAAUGUCCAGACUUGCAAUGAUAUGUCUCCUACUAGAAAACUACAGAUGGUACAAUACAGUGUAUUGGUCAUUUACCCUAAAACAAUUUAGUGAUUCUUUUUACAUGAAUACGAGUUAUUAAUAGAAUUCUAUUUGACUAAGAGUUAUCAACAGUUGGCAAUAGUGGAAUAAUGUACACUACAUGAUUGCAGUGGUAAAAUCAUAUAGCAGAAGUCCUGAAGGGAUACAUGUAUUAUUAUUACUAAAUGGCACUUACGAGGCACAUCCAGAAAGUAAGUGUACUCAAUUUAUGUAGAGUAAAAAAAAAUGUAUUUAAACAAAAACAUACUUGGUUACACUUGUACAUAUGUAAGUUAUUUUUCGGCAUAGUCACCAUCCCUCUCGAUGCAAGUGGUGAGCCGCGGGAUCAAUUUUUUUAUGCCUGCCUCAAAAAAGUCUCCUGCCAGCUCUUUUGCCCACUUCUCCACCUCCCCCUUCACCUCCCCAUCCAUUGAAAACUUGUUUCCACUCAUGUGCACCUUCAGUGAAGUGAAGAGAUGGAAAUCUAAAGGGGCCAGGUCAGGGGAAUAUGGGGGUCGUUCAAAUGUCCCAUCCAAAAGAGUCUAGGAGUUACUUCGUGGCAUUGGCCAUGUUAGGUCUGGCAUUGUUGUGCAGUAGGUAGCCUCCCUUCGUCGUCAUGCCCCUCCUUUUAUUCUGAAUUACCUUUUCCAAUUUUUUAGCAUCUUACAAUAUCUUGUUGUGUCGAUGGUCUCCCCGUAACGCAGAAAUUCAAUAAAAAUUAUGCCUUUAUGGUCCCAAAACACGGAUGCCAUGAUUAUUUUGGCUGAAAUUGUGGUUUUUUUAUUUCUUGGCAGAGGGUGACAAGGUGUGACGCCAUUGCUGAGAGUGCAUCUUAGUUUCAGGUGUGUAGUGGGCAACCCAAGUUUCGUCUCCAGUAAAAAUAGAGUAGAGAAAAUCAUCGCCUUUCUAGUUUGUAGCAUUCCAAAAACUCUUUGGAGCUCUGCACUUGAUUCAAAUUGUGUUGUUCUGUCAGCUGUUUUGGGACCCACCUUGCAGACAAUUUCCGAUAGCCGAGAGUUUCUGUGAUUGUUUUGUGUAUCAAGGAUCUCGAGAUUUGCGGAAAACAUUGCAGAAAGUUGAUCUAAUGUCAAUCUGCGAUCGUCAUGGACCACAAUCUCGAUUUUUUUCCACAAGAUCAUCAGUCACAAUUGAAGGUCUUCCGCUCCUCUGAUCGUCAGGCAUGGAAGUACGGCCAUUUUUAAAAUUGCAACACCACUUGUACACACUCGUACGAUUUGUAGCUCCAUUACUAUAAACAGUUUUCACCUCAUUAUAAAUUUCAACCGGAGCUUUUCCCUUCACAACGAGGUAGCGAAUGACAGCACGAAUUUUGCACUUGGCGGGAGAUAAGAUUGACAUUUUUUGCGAGAAAUGCUACUGCGUUGAGAGUUUUCAACACAUUAACCUUGGAUUGGUCUCGUUUUGAAGGGGAGGGGUCAGGCUCCACGCCAGUGUUUCCAAUAUGUUAAAAAAGUAUUCCCUACAACUAUGAGAGUACCAGUAAACUUACUUUUCUGGACGUGCCUUGUAUUUCAAGUUUCUGUAUCAAUUAAAACCACAUUUAAGUUUUUAUGGAACACUUUGCAGACAUGACUGUUAAUAAUUAUCAUGUAAUAUAUUAAAAGUUACAACAUA